AUGAAGAACCACGAUGCCAUUGUGCCAAAUUCCUUGCAAUAUCCUUCUUCGUACCUAUUCACUAAAGAUGCUUUCGGCGGUCCCUAUACAUCUUUUGUGCUAUCCCAAAUGAAUACUAUACCCAACUUUGAGUCUCAGCCAAAUUUUCCAUCGUCAAAUCACCACUACAUGGUUGAAGCGUCGUGGUUCAUGACUGUACUACACCAUCAUCUGAUCAUACCAAACAUAAAGUACUUGAGUAGGAAGAUCAUGAGGAAAUUCACAGCCUUCUCCAUGUUUUCUUUGGCAAUUUUCUUUUGUUUAGUUAGUCUCUCAAGAGGAAUCAGUUUUUGCCCAGCUAAGUUGACAUUGCCCGGUCCAUGUGGUCCAAAUGGAAACUUUGAUUGCUUCCUUGAAUGGAACUCAAGAUGUGGAGCAAGUGGGAUGGCUUCAAAGUGCAGAUGUGAUCCUGCUCCAAGCAAUCAACGCAUCUGCUCAUGCCAAAUAAUUUGUGGCAAAUGUGGUGUCAAAGCAUAA